AUGCGUGGUAUUUCAGAAAGCUCACCGACUCGCACAAUGGCGGAGGAUUUGGAUGUCGAGGCAAUGUUGGAGGCGCCAUAUAAGAAAGGGAUGGAGCAGGACUCCUCAUCCAAAGACAAAUCCUCCAAGGAGAAUGGGUCUAGCCGUAAAUCGUCUGGGAAAAACAAACACCGUUCCCGUUCCCGUUCUCGUUCACGAGACCGUAGGGAGAAAGAUCGUCGGGAUCGCGACAGAGACAGGGACAGAGAUCGAGAUCGCGAUAGAGAUAGAGAUAGGGAUCGCGAUCGCGAUCGUGAUCGUCGACGUAGGUCAAGAUCCAGAGAUCGGAGAGACCGUGACAGAGACAGAGAUAAUGAUCGAGACAGGGAUCGCCGAGACAGAGACCGCGACAGAGACAGAAGAAGGAAACGGUCGCUUACUCCAAUCACACUUCCCAGGGCGAGACCACCAUUUGGGAAAGGUGUUAGCCCUCUUGGGAUUAGGAACGAUGAGUUGACACCGGAAGAACGCGAUGCCCGAACAGUGUUUUGUAUGCAACUAAGUCAACGCAUACGUGCUCGUGAUUUAGAAGACUUCUUUUCUAGCGUUGGUAAAGUUCAAGACGUUCGACUUAUCACGUGUAACAAAACGAGAAGGUUUAAGGGUAUAGCGUAUGUUGAAUUCAAGGAUCCUGAAAGUGUUACACUGGCGCUCGGGUUAUCGGGUCAGAAGCUUCUUGGUGUUCCUAUAGUAGUACAACACACUCAAGCUGAAAAGAAUCGUAUGGGCAAUUCUAUGCCAAACCUUAUGCCAAAGGGUCAGACAGGACCUAUGAGGUUAUACGUUGGAUCUCUACACUUUAACAUCACAGAAGAUAUGCUUCGUGGUAUCUUUGAACCUUUCGGGAAGAUUGAUAACAUUCAGUUGAUAAUGGACCCAGAAACCGGCCGGAGUAAAGGUUACGGAUUCUUAACGUUCAGAAACGCUGAUGACGCGAAAAAGGCUUUAGAACAAUUAAAUGGAUUCGAACUAGCUGGAAGACCAAUGAAGGUUGGCAAUGUUACAGAACGUACAGAUUUAAUACAAGGACCAUCACUUCUUGAUACAGAUGAACUAGAUAGAAGUGGUAUUGAUCUUGGUGCUACUGGAAGAUUACAGUUAAUGUUCAAGCUAGCAGAAGGUACUGGACUUGAAAUACCUCCUGCAGCUGCAAAUGCACUGAACAUGGCUCCUGUCAUGACGACACCACAGCCACCACCGCAAGCGGCCCCACCUAUAGCAACACAAUGCUUUAUGUUAUCUAACAUGUUCGACCCACAAAAUGAAACAAAUCCAAAUUGGGCAAAAGAAAUUCGCGAUGAUGUUAUAGAAGAAUGUAAUAAACAUGGUGGGGUACUACACGUGUACGUGGACCAAGCCUCUCCUCAGGGUAAUGUUUAUGUCAAGUGUCCAUCAAUCGCGACAGCAGUUGCAGCUGUCAAUUCGUUACACGGUAGAUGGUUUGCUGGCCGUGUAAUUACAGCCGCUUAUGUGCCAGUUGUAAAUUAUCAUUCGCUGUUCCCAGAUGCAAUGACUGCUUUGCAAUUAUUAGUUCCAAGCGCGCCGCGAAGAGGAAUGUGAUCUUAAACGAUGCAAAUAUAAAUUACAAAUUUGUAAAUUCUUAUAGUAUUACAUUGGUUCUUACUAAUACUAAAAGAGAACUUUUGUUACUAUGAUAGUCAUUUGAAUACUAGUUUAAGUCAUAGAUAUAAAAUCAUAAUGUGCAGAAGAAGAAAAAAGAAGAAUGGUUACAUAAACUGCACGAUGUUUUUCAUAUGUUCAUAAAUACAAUCAUUUAUGUUGUUUUUGGUUUAUUAAUACUAUGAUUUUCUGUAAAGAGAUUGGUCAUAUUUAUUCAGUAUAAAAUUGUGAAUGAGUGUAUUCAACAUUGUCUUGACCAAUUAGUACGCGAUGACGGGACAAGGAUCAUCGUUGAUAUGUAUUUAAAUGUUUUAUUACUCUACGAAUAUGAAAUUCUCCCCUAAACAGUUUUCUGAAUGUAGUACAAUGAAUUAAAAAUGUUACGCGUAUCCUCCGCGUGGCAUUGUACUUUAAUGAAUGAAGCGUGAGUAAUAAAAAGAAAUUAAAUAUUGCUGCCUUAUUUGAUAAGUAUAUUAUAAUCGUCUAAUUAAAAAUUAUCAUUUUUUGUAAUGCCAUGAGAUGAAAUCAUUUUUAACGCUUCAUUUGUUAAAGUAAAAACUUCUCAGCAAAUUAUAAACAGAUUAGGAGAAUAAGUAAUUAUUAAGAUUCUUAUGCAAGACACCUGUUGAAAAGGAUUAUAUACACGCAAAGAAUGUAUUAUAGAUUUUUAAGUUCGUGAUUGUUAUGAAACAACACUUCUGAAAAGCAUAGGUGCAAAUUGUAUUAAUGGGCAACGCGUAUAAAAAAAAAACGAACAAGAAAAAGGGGUCUGCAGGUAACGAAUGUUUUUAAUAUUCAUUUUUUUUUUUUAUAUAUAUAUAAAAGCAAUAUCAUAAGCAUGUUUAAUAAUAUAUUAAUACUUUU